AUGGUGGAUUAUUUAACGAGUGAACUUCAAGUAGCAGAUAAACCAUCUACACUGGACGGGAAUUAUCCUAUUCAUCGUAUCUCAGAUACAGAUCAAUUCUGGAAAUUGGAAUGCCUAGAAAUACAUGAGCAACCUUGUGAUUAUGAUGAUGAACGAGCGCUAGAACAAUUCAAAGAGAAUACUGUCCAAAUUAAUGGAAAAUAUCAAACUCGUCAACAAGAAUUCGAACAAUAUCAUGAAAUAAUUAAGGAUCAAUUGCGCUCUGAUAUAAUUGAAAAGAUUGAACCUUAUAUGGACCAAGUUGGUGCUAUACAUUAUUUACCUCAUCAUAAUGUGCUGACUCCUGACAAAGAAACAAUUAAAUUGAGAAUUAUCUACGAUGCAUCAGCACAUGUAAAGAGAUCAAAAAGUUUAAAUGAUUUACUAUAUCGUGGUCCAAUAAUACUUCCAGAUAUGGAAGCCUCAAUGAAUAUUAGAGAAUUUCUUGAUGUCAGAUUCAAUGAAAUUAUACCUGAUCACGACCUAGCAAGCCUCAAUGCCAGAAAGAUUUUAGUGAUUAUGUGGUCCACUAAAUUAGACAUCAUACAUAUAAUUCUGAAACAAUGGACAAUCAAUGAAUUUACUAAAAGAAAUAUUCUUCAAUUUGUUGCUUCACAGACACAUUUGCCUCGAUUUAUAACUAAUCUUACAAGCCAUAUGAACUUUAACAUAUUUACUGAUGCUUCGAGUAUGAGGUAUACAACAGCAAUAUAUACAUAUCGAGAAGGAAUGCGCAAAAGGGAACCAUAUUUAGUUUAUGCCAAAUCCCGUAUUGCACCCAUGAAAGGAAUGACCAUACCGCGAUUGGAACUGCUUGCUAUUCUCAUUGGAGUACAAGCAGGACGAUUUAUACUCAAUUAA